AUGGAUGAUGUAAAUAAAUGUGUAAAAUAUUUGGGUAAAUUGGAGAAUGAUACGAAAAAUAGCAGCCAGCUAAAGGAUGCUUGUAUCAAUUUUCCUGAUAUUGAUAUUCAUAAUGAUAUUGAUAAUGAUAAUGAUAUUAAUGGUGAUAAUGAUAUUUACAAUCGUAUUGGAGAUAUUGAUAUCGAUAAUGAUCUUGAUAUUGAUAUUUAUCAUGGUAUUGAUGAUAUUGACGUCGAUAUUGAUAUUCAUAAUGAUAGUGAUAUUCAUAGUGAUAUUGAUAUUGAUAUUUUCAAUGGUAUUGGAGAUAUUGAUAUCAAUAAUCAUCUUUAUAUUGAUAUCGAUGUUUAUAAUGAUAUUAAUAACGAUAAUGAUAUGGAUAUUCAUAGUGAUAUCGAUAUUGAUAUUUUCAAUAGUAUUGGAGAUAUUGAUGUCGAUAUUUAUAAUGAUAAUGAUAAUUUUAUUGAUAUCUAUAAUGAUAUUGAUGAUAUUAACGUCGAUAAUGAUAUUCAUAUUAAUAUUGAUAUUCAUAACAUUGAUACCGAUAAUAAUCUUGAUGUUCAUAGUGAUGUUGAUAUUCAUAAUGAUAUUGAUAAUGAUAAUGAUAUUCAUGAUGAUAUUGAUAUUGAUGUUUACAAUCGUAUUGGAGAUAUUGAUAAUGAUCUUGAUAUUCAUAAUGAUAUUCAUGAUGAUAUUGAUAUCGAUAUUUACAAUGUGAUAUUGAUUUAUAAUGAUAUUCAUCGUGAUAUUGAUAUUUACAAUCGUAUUGGAGAUAUUUAUAUCGAUAUUGAUACUGAUAUUUAUAAUGGUAUUGAUGAUAUUAACGUCGAUAUUGUUAUUCAUAUUGAUAUUCAUAAUGAUAUUCAUAUUAAUUCUUAA